CCCGUUCCAAUGCUAAUACUGAUGGUAAACCAAAGUGACUAUUAGCUACAGUCAAGCUGUGUCAUUGCUGCUGUCCUUCAUUGCGACCAGCGGCAACCACGACACUCCAGAUAUAGUAUAGGUCUACAAGACCAUACAUGAUAGACACAACGGAGUCGCCAUGGAUGAAAAGAAGCCUGACCCGGGAGCCGACGAGGUCAUGACCGGCAUCUCCCACCCCUACCCUUCCCCCACCGUCGAGACCACCGAUGCUCAGUUCUACCACAUCUCGGCCCAGAGGGACGGCGAGUUGGAGCACCAGGCCGUCCAGUCUGACGGAGCAGAUCAACCAGACGGCCUUCCCACUGUCACCGACCAUCAUGAAAACCACAACCUUCAUGAACUCCAAGAGCUACAAGACCCUGUCUCGCCAAAUCAGCACUCGCGACCGGGACCUUCGCUAAGUAGUGAAGAUUUGCAGCUUGCUGCCCAGUUGACCCAAGAUCUUGCCCCGGUCAUAGCUGCCGCCGCUGCUUCCCAUAACCAGGCUCAGGAAGAGCAGUUACAGGUCCCGGUUCAGGUUGGUGUGCCUGUCCAGACCGAGGAUGUGGACAUGCGGAAUGACACCGGCGACCCAGACCUCCAGGAACAACUCCAGGUCCAGUUGCAGAACCACAACCAUGAGCUUCAGAGCGUGAUGCAGUCCCAUGCUGAACAGCAGCAGCAGCAGCAACAGGAACAACAGCAGCAGGACCAAAAUAGUCAGCAGCAGGAGCAGCAAGAGCAGCAGCAGCAACAAUCACCUCAACAGCAGCAGGCAUCUCAAUCGUCACAACAGCAGCCUCAGCAACAGCAACAGCAACCCCAGGUCCCAGUACAGCCUCAUCCUCACUAUGUCCAGCAGCUAUCACAGAUGCAGCAGACACCUGGACCUACGACGGCCCAUCUGUCUACCCACAUCCCCAUUGACCAUCUCGCAGGCACUCACCCUCAGUAUGGCGCUGCUGUCCAGGAUAGCACUCCUCCCCGGAAGCGUAGCAAGGUGUCCAGGGCUUGCGAUGAGUGUCGCCGCAAGAAGAUCAAAUGCGACGCCCAAUCCGAAGUGUCCGACCAGCCCUGCUCAAAUUGUCGCCGGUCAUCUGCCCCAUGUCUCUUCAGCCGCGUUCCCCAGAAACGUGGUCCCAGUAAGGGAUACAUCAAGGAGCUGGCCGACCGCAUCAACACAAUCGAGGGUAAACUGACCGGUGCUGCCGUGCCUGAUCCCCUGGAUAGAAGGAGGACGACGCCUGCCGAGGCAUUUGGGUCCCCCAUCCCUGGCGAUGACGGGAGGAAGAGACCGUACUCGAGCAUCUCGAGCGAGACAUUUACUCCUCCAGCAGCCCACGAGCGGCUGGCGGGCUGGGGCUCGGAGGCUAAUCGGGCGCCGGAGCAUCGGCCCAUUCGUCCCUAUCAUCCGAAUUAUCCCCAGAUCCAUUCGGUAAAUGAUCUUGUGCCGAAGCCGCCGGCCAUGCCGCAGAGUCCCGAUGUGAAUGGAGGGCAAGUGCAGGUCUCUGAGGCUGCCGCUGAUGUGGCGUCGCAGGAUGGGUUGGCUAGCAAUGGUUUGUCUCAAGAACCGCUGGAGCAGGCAAGGGAGAUCUCUGAUGUUGCUUUUGAGUGCUACCUAAACUCCGUCCACCGGAUUUUCCCAAUCCUAGCCAGCAGGAAAGACCGCGUUCAUUCCAUGCUCUCACAAUGCCCUCCAGUCCUCCAAGAGGCCUUCUACCACGCUCUCUUCGCCAUGCUCAACCCCAUGCUCCCCGAGUCAGCCGGCCGCGAGAACUGCAACUCCUUGACCUCUCAUGGCCUUCUCAACGAGUGGGAUUCCCAGCCUCGCACAGUCUCGUCACCAGUUGCCGACCUUGUGUGCCUACAGACGCUCAUCAUGCUCAUCAUCGAAGCGGACUAUGGCGGCAUCAGCGCUGUUAAAGGCCAGCGGGGUGGUCCCAAGAAGCUUUCCCUGCUGGGCGAGGCGGUUGGCUUGGGUUACAUAAUGAAGUUGCACCUUGCGCCUCCUCCCGACGUCAAUCCGAAUAUGGACCUAGAUCUUGAUUCGGAGAAGAAUAUCGCGCUGAGAGCGUGGUGGACGCUGGUUGCCUUGGACCGCUGGAAUGCGGUGGGUACGGCGGCGCCGAGCAUGAUCAGCUCGGAUGUCGUGGUUACGCCGGGACUGAGGAACAUUAUGGGUGAUGUGGUUUACAACUACACCAAAAUAUCGUUCUUGUUGACACAGUUCAUCCCCUUGUUCCUGACCCUAUCCGCGCCAACGCCCUCGGACUUUGCAGCCUUGACGACCAAGAAGCCAUUGGUUGCAUCCCUCCUGAAUGCGCUGAUGGAAAGCUUCCGCUGGCAGUUUCCCGCUGAUCUCAUCACCUCCCCGUCUUCUGACCCAACCUUACUACUGGCCUACUGGCACAUACGUCUGCUAGCGGACCUGUGCUCAGGAGGAGCCAAGGCAGACUUUGCCCUCCAAGACUGCGCCAACAUCGUCGGCAUCCUUACCGGUAACCCAGAGCUGUUGACCCCGCUCAAUCACCACUUCAUCAGUCUGGUAUCCCUAGCGCUACUAGAACUCGAAAAGCUGGAGAGGACGAAAGACGAUGCGGGCCGCUUGCUGAAAGACCUGUUAGAUUUUAGAGUAGCAGCCAGUCCGUGGACCAGCGUGGUGCGGGAAAAGAUCAUGGGCGUCAGCUUGAUCAACAAGGAACGGAGCUCAACAGCCGUCGUUAACGGCAACCAUAACAAUACUGGUCCUUCGAAUCAGUCACAAGUCCAGAGUCAUCUUCAGGCCGUUCUCCAAAGCCAAAGUCUAAGCCAGCCACUACAGCAGCUUGCGGACUUGGCUACCGUGGCCGCUGGGGUGGAACAGAAUGCGAAUGACGCGAAUACGGAAAACAUGGUUUCUUCGGCUGCUGCUGUGGCUGCUGCGGCUGCGGCGGUUGCUGCGGCUGCUGCGGCGCAUCAUCAGCAACAGAACGUGGCGCUGUCAUCUGUUACUAAUUCUGCUUCGCAGGUUAUUCCAACUUCUCUUGGUCCGGAAGGGAAUGCUGGGCAGGCCCGCGGAGAAGCCAGUGCGGAUCGGGACGUUGACAUGGAUAUGGAGGGAGUUGCUACUGAUAGCAACGAGGAACGCCAUACUAAUGGCGCAGAGCACACUGAGCCUGAGCAGCAGCAGCACUUCAAAACGGAGUACAGGUCGGAUGAGGAGCACGAGUUCAAGACUGAACCUCAGCCUGAGACCCGACCAGAUGACCAUCACCAGUCCAGGCAACAACAGCAGCAAGCUGAGCAAGAGCCACAGCAUGUAUUGUCAGCAAGCUCAGUUGAUGAAAACAGCAUUGCUGGUCCAGGGCAGACGGACACUGCAUCCGCCCAGGAACCAGCACCGGAAGUACCUGCUCGGGAAACAGUCUCUUCAGGCACUACUGACUCUCAAAACGCCAACAAAGACGACAUCACCCCCAACGGUACCUCCGCCAGCCAAGCCAGCCUCACCGCAUCCCUCGCUCUCUCCCUUGGUUCCGGCUUCGGGUCCCUAGGCCUCAACACCGCCGAGAUCUACGAGCACUACCAGCGCCAGCAGCAAGAACUGCAAUUACAAAAGCAGGCCCAACAAGCUGUUCAACAAGCCACCCAACAAUCAGGAUCUCAAUCCCAGGUACAACCCCAAGCCGCCCAGCAGAACCCAUCACAGGAACAGCAGCAGCAGCAGCAGCAGCAGCAACACCCAUACCACCAGCGGUUUGAGCCAAAAGAGGCCACUUCUCAACAUCACUCUCAGCAGCCUCAACAACAGGUCCAGCAAAUCCAAGCCCAGCUUCAACCCCAACCUCAACCAGCGCAACCGCCCUCCGCUUCUUUACCCCUAUCGCAAGCCCAAGCACAAGCUCAACUGCAACAGGUGGUGGCGAAGCAGCAGCAAUUGGUCCUCCAAACCCUUCAGCAGCACCAACAGCAGUCCCAGCAGCAGCAACAACAACAACAAAAACUGUUUAGUAGGCCGUACGAGCCGGAGGUGUUUUUGAAGGCUGGGUAUUUAACUUGUUUUGGGGAUGACCCUGUGGGGUCAGAUGGUACCAGCAAUGGAAACGGGUCCGGCAGUGGGAAUGGGAAUGGAUCUGGGGCUACGAGCGGGAAUGGGAAUGUGACGGGGAAUGGAAACGGGACUUCGAAGUAGUAUUUUGAAAGUCCGACAACGGAUUUGACGCCGGAGGUUGUGGAUGUGGAUGUGGAUGUGGAUGUGGAAAUGGCGCACGAUAUAAGCUUCGUGCCUACGAAUCCCGAAGGUCAGGACAUUGCAACUGCAGGUUCUGAGUAUGGUCCUGUUACUCCUGGGUGUCAUCAUUAUCAGGGGACUAGGGCAGACGGUGGUGGUGCGAAUGGCUUGUGGUCGGACUGGUGUCGGUUGCUUGGGAACGAACAAAAUCCUGAAUUUGAGCGUCCGUUUAGACACUAACGAGGCGUCUCCUGAUUCUUAACACCAUUAAUCAUUGAACAUUUGUUUGCCUUGAGCUGUCACGGGGACCUUAUUUGGUGCUACACUGUUAUACCGUACUAGAGUCGAUCAGUAAUUCUACGCAGUUUACGAGG